AUGUUGAAAAAUCUAGCGUUGUUAAUCUUUAUUUUUAUCAUUGCAAUCUUCGGUAAUUUAACUUUUGCUGUGACACCUACAAUACCUUUUGAAUGGAAAAGAAAUGAAUUAUUUGGAGCAUUUCAGGAUAAUGCAUAUCAAGUUGGAACGUUUUCAAAUCAAUCUUCUUUGGUAGCAAGAGACGUUUACACUUGUCUACCUGGAUUUUCUCAAUGUCCAGGGACUGAUUUAUGCUGUUCCUUACAAUGUAGUAUAAUUUGCGAUAACGUUGGAUGUUGUCCAUCAAAUUUUAGUUGUUGUGGAGAAUAUUGUUGUAAGACAAAUUAUACUUGUUGUGGGAUAUAUUGUUGCGAUCCAGAAAUCUCAUAUUGUUGUCCUGACAAAAGUGGUUGUUGUAUGCUAGGUUAUGAAUGUGUUGGCAAUGGCUUAUGCAGAAUGCCAACGAUGCCAACAACAGUAACACAAAUAACACAAGAAGUUGUUGAGUAUGUAGUUAGAUACAUUAGUGAAUAUGUAAUAGUGUCAAUGACAUCAAUUACAGCAAAUAAAACAGAAACAAAAAUAGUAACAGCAACACCAACAGAAACAACAACAGUAAAAACAGCACAAACAGAAACAACAACAGUAAUCGAUAAAGGAGUUAUAAAAUGGGCAACAGACAAUGGUUAUUCUGUUGAAGAAGCUGAUCAAUUAGAAGAAACUGCUGAAAAAUUAGUAGAGUGCAUAUACAAUCCUGGAAUAAGUUUUGAAAAUUCAAGUGUGGCAAAUAAUGCUUCUUGCAUUUCAUGUGAAAAUAUAAAAACUUUAACUAAUAUUUAUAUAAAUUCACCACCAACAAAUGAUGAAAAAAUAGCAAUAUUAAAGUUUUUAUAUUCGUUAACAGAAGAUAUAAAAGAUGCUAGUGAAUGUAAAUUUAACUUAGCAUGUAUGAAUGGAACUGAUUCUUGCUCACAAGAUUCACUAAUUACCG